CUUUGUAUGAAACUAACCUUAAAAGUAAGAAAUGUACCAUCGAGUACUGUGUACAUUCGUCUUUGAUUUUAUAUAAAUUUCUUGAAGAGAAACUUUUGUUACUCGUAGAAUGAUAGUAUAAGAAACUAUGAGUGAACCAAGCGAUGAGAGUGACAAGGAUUAUGAUUUGGAGCCCAAAGGAGAUGAAGAUUUUAAAAUUGAUGACAACUGCGAAGAGAUUGACAGCGAUGAUUCUUACUGCGAUGUACCUGAAACUAAUAACGAUAGCAACAAUAUUUUUGAAAAAGACGAGGUCGAACAACACGAAGAGUAUAUUGGGCCAGUGCUUCCCGGAGGUCACAGAUUCGAUAGAACGUUCAUCUCCAUUAUGUACCCUGGAAAUGUUGUUAAUUCAGAUAAAGCUAUAGAAACCUUAGGUGGUAUUAGUAGCAUUUCUACGGCAGUGAAUACUCCAAACCGACGUUUGGAGUUGAAAUUCAGACCAGAUGAACCUUGCUGUAAGCCAGCUUGUGGUGAUAAAUAUAAUACCAAAGGAUUCUUGCUUAGAGUUAGAGUUAAAAAGUCCAGAGUCGAAAAGGUGAAGCAAUCUAAAGAAAAGGGAACAAAGGAACAGUUUGAAACAACUGUAAAUAUAACGAAUAAUGUGCAAAGUAAUACGGAUUCAUUGAACUCAUCUGAUACACAAAAAAACAAGAAUCAGAAUGAACCACUUAUAUCCGAACUAGCAAAUCAAGUUCAAGGUUGCAGCAUAGGUACCAUGGACGAUGGACAUUUUUUUAAGGAGAAGAAAAACAUGACACCAACGUUUGAACAUACCAAGUAUGAAGAUCUUUCAGAAGAUAAAGAUUACGAAUUGCCAAAAUUAAAAGUUCUAGGGCGAAUCGACACAGAGUUUAGAUUUAGGAAUCUUAUCGACUUUCAGUAUUUACCACUAGCUGAAAGCAAAUCGGAUCCCAAAAAAUUGGAAUGCAUAUACAGCAAGAUUUAUCCGAUCAACAUACCGCAUUUCUCUUGGUUAAAGAACGACGUGCCUUAUUUCUUACCACCAGCUACGUUCAGCAGAAUGGGCACGGUGCAGCAGUACGUACCAAAAACUGAAAUAAACUCGUAUCCAGAGAACGUAAUAGGAAGGAGUAGAAAACGAAAAACAGGGUUCUCGAAUUUCAUUUACUUCUCGACACCAGAGGUUCCUACUAAACCGCCAGCGGGCAUAGAAACUGCUUUGAAAGUGAAAUUCGUUCAAUCCGAACACAUCGAACAAAUGCGUAAAAUAUUCGAGGAACGACCGAUCUGGUCGAAAAAUGCGUUAAUGUACGAAACAAAAUUUUCGAACGAUCGACUGAAAAUCUUGUUACCUUCCGUGGCGUAUUAUUUCAUGACCGGUCCAUGGAAAAUUAUGUGGGUAAAACUGGGCUAUGAUCCGAGGAAAGAUAUCUCUGCGAGGAAGUACCAAACUUUGGAUUACAGAUUAAAAGCCAUGCAUGGCUUGGGAUCUACUGUUAAAUGUAAAAGAAAUUACUCGAUGUAUACUUUGCCAUACAAAUCAACACCAGCGGCGAAGCAAAAGACGAUUCUAAAAGGAGCUUCCAGUCAGGACCAGAACAUUAAGAAAGAGCAAGAUCUAAACGAAAAUGUGUAUAUUUAUCGGGAGGGAACCGUGCCACCUUCUAGGCAAAUGUUUUACCAGUACUGCGACGUCCUCGUGGACGAAAUACAAGAGAUGUUGGCAAAGUUGCCCGAUCCUUUGCCUGGCAUAAGGUGUCACGAGAAAAGAGGUUGGUUACCAAACGGUUUCGACGCACAGUGCAGAGAAAUUAUCAACAGACAAGUUCGCACAGUUUUAAGGAAGCAAAUGAAUAUCCCUGAAGAUCAUCCUACAUCUUUGCCUCGAAAACGUAAACGAGGUAUCAGAGUGAAACGUGACAGAUUUAAAACUCGAAAAAAGAAGAAAGAGUCGGUUUCUAGCGCAGAAGAAAGCGAAGAAAAGUAGGGAAUGAAUAAUUUUAAUUAUUAU